AUGCUACUCGGAAAACGUCCUCGGCCACCGACUAUGAGAAGAACAAGAAGCAUGAGCGGUGGUAUGUCCGUGGACAUGAACUCACCUGAUAAUCAAACCACCACCAACAACAUGGAAUCCCAUCAUGAAGAAGAAUCAGUGAUGUCUCAUCAUAAUAAUCCUCUGCAACCGCAUCCACACCAUGAUGGCGUCAAAUUAGAUCCACAUGCGGUUGUGAUGAAGGGAACAGAAACUGACGGUGGAUUAGUGGGGAGUACAGUGAUGUUCCCUUCACACACAACCACAACCACAACCUUAACCACCACAAACACUAACAAUAAUAUUAAUCAUAAUAAUAAUCCUGUGAGUGCGAGUGCACAUGGAGUAUACAGUACACCUCACUUUCUCCGAAUUUGUGGCCUCUGUAACUGUCGUUUGGCACCCACUCGAGACAUCUACAUGUAUAGGGGAGAUACGGCAUUUUGCAGUUUGGAGUGCAGAGAGGAGCAGAUGAAACAAGACCGGAGAAAAGAAAAGUGGAAAGUUUCUGUUUCCAACAAAGAAGACCACCGUGUAGCACCACCACCGCGCACGGCCAAGGCUUCCACUGCGGCUUGUACUUGA